AUGCAAUAGAUUUGUGAUUUCCAUUUGAGAUAUAUCAAAUUCAUCUGUGUUGAUAAUUCAUGUAACAACAAAUUACUUUGUGAUGAUUGCUCUAGAACAUCAAAUGAACAUAGUAAUCAUAAAAUAGUAGAUGCUACUGCAUUUUUGUAAUAAGCAGAGACAUUUUUAAAAGGAGGAAAGUAAUUUGUAUAUGUAAACAAUAUAAGUCCUGACUUUGCUUUAUAUGGAAGUGAUCUAGGUAAUAAAACUAAAAUCUUUCUCUCUAAUAAUGGAAACAUUAGACAUGAAAUAAGAAUGAAUUAUUUAAGAAAAUUAGAAGACUCUAUUGAAAAAUAUUUGCACUAAAUGGUAGAUAGCUUGUAAUAAUCAAAAAAAAUGAUUGUUGAUUUUAUAAAUCAAUCAAUUGAAGACUGUUUUUCAGCAUAAGUAUUAAAGUAAGUUUCACAUUUAACAUAGCAACCGAGAAACUGGUCAUAUGAUAGUUCAAACUGUAAUGAGUGCUUUGAAUGCUAAGAUAUCAACUAAGGAAGCGAAUAUAUUAUUAUAUCGAUUGCACACAGGAGAUUUGGAAAGAGAGCAUUAUGAAAAGAAAGUAAUUAUUAUUAAUAACAUAUUUAUAGAUUCAAGCUUUAGUUGAAUUAUUUCAUUAAAAUGUUAAGUAAUUACUAGAACCAAUGGCUAGUUAAGUACAUAAAUAUUUAAAGCAAUUUCAUUAAGAAAUGGAAAGAAUUAGAAAUUAAAUUAAAGAAGAACAUUUCUAAAUUAAUAAGAUUAAUAUGUUACCAAAGGCAUUCAAAAUAAAGGAUGUUACAAGCAAUCCAAAUUUAUAAUUAAAAGUACCACCUACAUCAUUUACAAAAUUUUAAACUUCACAAAAUACAUAAUAGUAAAUUUAUACUUUGGCUACAGAUUAUGAUUAAGAAGAUAUAGAACAGUUGUCAAGAUGGAAAAUGAACAAACUAUCCAAAACUCGAAAGCUUGAAUUGUUAAAGAGUUUGGAUUACACGCAUCAUACUAUGAAAACAGAGCAAUCUUAAUCUAUUGUAAAAUAACAACUUCCAAUUACUGCUCCAUAUGAUCCAACAGGCACAGAAUUUAAGAGAAUUAUUCAAGUCAAUACAUAACAUACUUAUCUAUUGAAAAUUAUUAAUAUAUAAAAGAAUGUAUGUUUGACAGCAGGUAAAGAAGGAACACUUAAUGUUAUUACUAUUGAGAUCGAAUAGAGUGAUCUAUCUGUUGUUAAUUAACAUUAAUUAAAACCUCAUUAAGAAUUGAAGGAUGUAGAAUUAUGUUAAACACCAGGGAUGUUCUUAACAACAGGUCGAAACAUUAAAAUUUUAAAUGAUAAAUAUAUAGAUUUAGGAUUUACUGUUAAAUUAUUUUUGUAUUAAGAUAUGAAAUAAAUUGAACAACUUACAGAAUUUAGAGAUUUACAUUAAUAACCAAUUGAAUAAUUAAAAUUUAUUAAUGAAAAAUAUUUGAGAUAAACUGUUGAAUAUUCUAAAUAUAGCAAUGAAUUGGAAUUUGCUACGAUUUGUGUAGAUUUUAUUAAAGUUUGGAAGUUUUGUUUUGAUAGUUCUAAAAUAUAUGAGGGAGAAAUGUUGGAGUAAUACAAAGUAGAAUUGAAACCUUCAGUAAUCAAAAGUGUGGACUUUUCUGAUGGAUUGACAAUAGCAUCAGAGAAAACAACAACAUAUUUAUUUCAUGAUUCUUAGUUGUUUAAAUAAAUAAAGAAUGUGACAGGAAAGGAUCAAGUACUUAGAUCAAAAUUGAUUUCUAAUCAUAGACUUUUAAUUAUGACUUAGUAAGGAGUAUUAACAAUUGUUGAUUUAAAAAAAAUUUAAUUACCACCUCUUCAUACAAAUUCAAAGGAUAAUAAACAAUAUGAACCUUAGAAAAUUGUAAUAUAUAUAAAUUAGUGUAGAAUGUCAAAAAAUAUUUACGUUAGAUAUUAUUUGAAAAGGAAGAUAAGGAAUUAGAAUUGAUAGAUGUAAUUUAAGUAAGAAAGAAGUUUUUCUGUCUUCUUCAUAGUUCUUAGUUUGAUCAUUUCUUGAUUUUAAAUGAAUAAUUUGAAGUAAAUAAAAUAUAUAUCUAUCAGCUUGAAAAUAAGUACAGAAUAUCCCCAUCAGAAACUCGGCAUCUAAAAUUUUUAGAGAUUCAGACUCAUGAUUUAAUGAUAGCAAUUGAAGGUAAAAAUGAUUAUAGUAUAUGGGAUGUCAGCAAAUGA